AAGCCAACGCUAUGUUGUGAGGUGAGCAAACGAAAGUGGGAAGAGGGAGCAGAAAGAGCACCUGACCGUACAACUACUUCCGUUUUUCUUUUUACUUUUUGCUUUGGCGGAAGUAAGGGAUGCCCAAUCAGAACGCAACAAAGCACAAAAAGAAACACAAGAAGGAGAAAAAUGGAACAGAAGACGGCGAAGAGAGAGCGAAAUACGAACAAGAUAAAGUUAAUCACGGUGGCUGGUGGGAAGCAAAGCAAUUUGAAGAAAUCACAGGUCCCAUUGCAAUCGAAUUUUCUCCGCACUGCUACGUCGCAUCGUUGGACAAUGGACUAUUUGUCCUUGGGGGACCCCACACAGUUGGCGAAGGACCAUCUCCAGAAGAAAUCCUCACUGCUGUGAGAGUGUCCGACACAAAAAUAGCUCUAAAGUCCGGCUUUGGAAAAUAUUUGAGGGUCCUGCCCGAUGGCAGUGUCGUGGGACGAUCUGACGCAAUUGGGCCCCUAGAACAGUGGGAGCCAGUCUUUCAAGAAGGUAAACUGGCACUACUUGCCAGCAACAACAGUUUUCUGACAGUUCACGAUGGUACAGACAUAUUAGCCAACAGUCUUACAGCGGGUGAAACCGAGAUGAUAAAGGUGCGGUCGAUCGCAGAGGUCGGUAAGAAGAAAGACAAAGACAUUCCCGAAGAAGAACAAGGCACUACAAAAGACUGCGAAUUAAACUACGUGAAGAAGUUUCAAAGUUUCCAAGAUAGAAAAAUCAGGGUGAGCAAAGAAGAUCAGAGAGAACUGAAACGGGCUAAAUUAGAAGGAAGCCUGCACGAAGCACUUCUCGACCGGCGAUCUAAAAUGAAGUCGGACAAGUUCUGUAAAUAAACGCGUGGUCGAAAAUCA